AGCGGGUCUGAGGCGCCGCGGGCGUGCAGCGCAGUGUAGCUCCAGCCAUCACGACCUGCCCUGCGCUCCCGUCAACACUGCUGCCUCGCCUGGGCCAGGCCCCAAAAGCAAAGACAAAGCGACUGCUUGCGAAGCUCCGUAGGAGCUGAAUUUACCUGCUUCUGCCGGGAACUACAGGCACCAAGAUGGUUUGCGGGGGCUUCGCGUGUUCCAAGAACUGCUUGUGCGCUCUCAAUCUGUUGUACACGUUGGUUAGCCUGCUGCUCAUUGGAAUAGCUGCGUGGGGCAUCGGCUUCGGGCUGAUUUCUAGUCUCCGAGUGGUUGGCGUGGUCAUUGCAGUGGGCAUUUUCUUGUUCCUGAUUGCAUUAGUGGGGCUGAUUGGUGCUGUAAAGCACCACCAGGUGUUGCUAUUUUUUUACAUGAUUAUUCUCUUACUUGUAUUUAUUGUUCAGUUUUCUGUAUCCUGUGCCUGUUUAGCCCUAAACCAGGAACAACAGGGUCAACUUCUGGAAGUUGGUUGGAAUAAUACAGCAAGUGCUCGAAAUGACAUCCAGAGAAAUUUAAACUGUUGUGGGUUCCGAAGUUUUAACCUAAAUGACACCUGUUUCGCAAGCUGUGUCAAAAGUAGCCACCAGUGCUCAUUGUGUGCGCCAAUAAUAGAAGAAUAUGCUGGAGAGGUUUUGAGAUUUGUUGGCGGUAUUGGCCUCUUCUUCAGUUUUACAGAGAUUUUGGGCGUCUGGCUGACUUACAGAUACAGGAACCAGAAAGAUCCUCGUGCUAAUCCUAGUGCGUUCCUUUGA